CUGAUGGACACGGGGACCCUAUAUAAGCUCUGCAGCUGUCAGGUGGAAGACACUGGCUGCUUUGCGCAGGGGAACGACUCGCGUUAGGGGAUUACGGCUGUAGAUAUUCAUAAAUCCAAACUGUAACAAUGUCUCAUGCUUGGGGAUACGCAGCAGACAACGGACCCGACAAGUGGGCUGGUAAUUUCCCUAUUGCCAAUGGACCCCGCCAGUCUCCCAUUGACAUCGUACCUGGUGAAGCAUCAUACGACGCAGGACUGAAGCCGCUCAACCUGAAGUACGACCCCUCCACCUGCCUUGAAAUUCUCAACAACGGACAUUCCUUCCAAGUGACCUUCGCAGAUGACACCGACAGCUCAACUCUGACAGACGGACCGAUCUCAGGGAUCUACAGGCUCAAGCAGUUUCACUUCCACUGGGGAGCUUCUGAUGACAAAGGCUCUGAACACACUGUGGCAGGGACCAAGUAUCCUGCAGAGCUCCACCUGGUGCACUGGAACACCAAAUACCCAAGUUUUGGUGAGGCUGCUAAGCAGCCUGAUGGGCUUGCUGUUGUUGGAGUAUUCCUGCAGAUUGGUGAUGCCAAUGCCAGUCUCCAGAAGGUGCUGGACUCCUUUGAUGCCAUCAAGGCCAAAGGCAAGCAGACUACUUUCGCUGGCUUCGACCCCUCCACCUUGCUCCCUGGUUGCCUCGACUACUGGACAUAUGACGGCUCUCUGACCACACCCCCUCUGCUGGAGAGUGUCACCUGGAUUGUCUGCAAAGAACCAAUCAGUGUCACCUCUGAGCAGAUGGCCAAAUUCCGCAGCCUGCUCUUCUCUGCUGAGGGUGAGGCCGAGUGCUGCAUGGUGGACAACUACCGCCCUCCCCAGCCGCUCAAGGGUCGCUCUGUCCGUGCUUCCUUCCAGUAAUACCCCCUCCCCCUCUUAUACCCUUUCUGCCCUGUUGCCCUUUCCCUUCCCCCUUCCUUUAGUCAGACACCCAGAGUUACCUCUUUAGCAGUGAGCCACAAAGCACACAUAUCUCUCUCCGUCCAAUUUUUAGAAGAAUUAAAAUUCCUGUGGCCCGUUGCUUUUAUUGCGGGGCAGUCUAACUGUGAGAUGGAGCUCUUGCAGGGGUUGCAUCUCUUUUUGUAUGUGUGUAAUAAGCCAGCAAAGAUGCCCUGUCAUAAUUUAUUCUAUAAGUCAAACACUUCACGGUGACUGCGACACGUUUACUCCGAUUUAGCAUCUGGUGCCAAUGUUUUCAUUACGCCGGCGUGUGCAGGUCUUCUUUGUCCAACAAACACCACAAGGAUGUAAAAUGAAGAUGAAUUAAGUCAAAAUGGUGCUCUUGAGUCAGCAGGAAGCAGAAAGCACAAGCUAGUUGCAGUAGACAGGGGAAGGAUGAAACUAUGUCACCAUCUGUGAGGAGGGUAAGGUGCAGACAAAAAGAUGCACACACAGACACACAGGACACAUACACUUCCGUUGCCAGUCUGUCUGUAAUCUCUGACCGACUGCCAGCCUCUGCAUCACAGCAGCUUAAUGAAAUGCUGCAGCCGCCUCCAUCACAACUGAUUGACUCAGAAAAUCCCCCUCUGGCACCUACACACACACACACACACACACAACAUUGCAUACACAGUCUGGUGCAGACAUGAUGCCUAUAGGCACUGACCUGCUUAUUGAUUUAAAUUUAGUUUAAAGCAGCAAAGGACAUGAGGACAGACUUCUGCUAGCUACUGAACAUCAUGACAAUGGCUUAAUGUUUUUACAGCCUAAUCUUCAAAUCUUUCAUGUGUUUGUCAUCCUGUGUUGUGAUUUUGUUAUUAUUAUGGAUUAUGUCUUUUUUUUUUUGCCUGACAGCUUAUGCAAAAUAUUGUGAUUCCUAAAUUGUGUUUUGUACCCAAAAGGUCAUCUGCAUUUUUGAUGUCCUGAUAAUAUAGCAAUACAAAGGAAUGAUCCGCCUUUUCAAAAUGAAAUGGAAUGUGUAACAAAUCCUUUCAUGUGUUGUUUUGAAACCCCCCUGUGUUCAGUGCUAAAGCUUUAAACGCACAAUCGCACAAAUCCAAGGAUGAAAUUAUCCUACCAACAAACUCAAGACAGAAAUGAAGAUUAUAGCCCCAGAAUAAAAGACCAUGUAUGCAUUUCUGAAAUUAAAGAUGAUAAAGGCAAAAGUGAUGCAUUUCCAAAAAGAUUGUAAUGAAUAUGAAAAAUAAAAAGGCCUUAUUCCCAUCCCUGUUAGGGCUAUCCCAUGAGUAUGUGUUGUGUUCUACUUUGGAAGUGGAUGUUUUACUAGUUGAAUAAAUAUAUUUUAUGACUAA